AUGGCGAGUGAACCGGUUAACGUGAAUGAGUUUCAAGAGCUUGCUAGGCAAGCCCUUCCAAAGAUGUACUAUGACUUCUAUGUUGGGGGAGCUGAGGAUGAGCACACACUAAAAGAUAAUGAAAAAGCUUUUCAAAGAAUCAUUAUUCGGCCGAGAGUUCUUAUUGAUGUGAGCAGAAUUGAUAUGUCAACCACAAUUUUGGGGUACAAGACAUCGGCUCCCAUUAUGGUUGGCCCAACCGCCAUGCAUAAACUCGCACAUCCUGAUGGGGAAGUUGCAACAGCGAGAGCAGCAGCUGCAAGUAACGUCAUAAUGGGACUGUCAUUCUCAGCAUCCAGCACGAUAGAGGAAGUCGCCUCUAGCAGCAAUGCUGUUCGCUUCUUUCAGAUCUAUGUUUUCAAAAGGAGGGACAUUACAGAAUUAAUGGUGAGAAGAGCUGUCAAGAAUGGGUUCAAGGCAAUCAUUCUUACAGUUGAUACUCCUAGACUGGGAAGAAGGGAAGCAGACAUAAAAAACAAAUUUAUUUCACCUCCAUUGAAGAAUUUUGAAGGGCUUAUCUCCACCACAGUUGUCCCUGACAGUGGUUCGGGUCUUGAAGCCUAUGCUUCGACAACUCUUGACAGUUCCCUCAGUUGGAAGGAUAUAGCUUGGCUAAAGUCGAUUACAAAUUUACCUAUUCUGCUCAAGGGGAUACUCACUCAUGAGGAUGCAAUAAAAGCAUUGGAAGUAGGAGUUGCAGGUAUAAUUGUGUCUAACCAUGGAGCUCGGCAGCUUGAUUAUACUCCAGCCACUAUAUCUGUUCUUGAAGAGGUGGUUCUUGCUGUCAAGGGAAAAGUUCCUGUCCUCUUCGAUGGAGGAGUGAGGCGAGGAACAGACAUAUUUAAGGCCUUAGCCCUUGGUGCACAAGCAGUUUUGAUUGGGCGACCAGUAAUCUUCGGGCUGGCAGCGAAGGGACAAAAUGGGGUAAGACAAGUAAUAGAGAUGCUAAAGAAUGAACUUGAGCUUACUAUGGCCCUUUCUGGGUGCUGCACUAUUAAGGACAUCACCAGAAGCCAUGUGAGGACUGAGAAUGAGAGCCUUGCUUGCAGGCUCUAGUUUUCUUCCCCAAAAAUGCAUACAUUUCUUAUGGCUAUGUUUACUAAGACAGCUACUAAUAAAGCCAGACAGUUGUAAACUUGUAAUAAAGUGAUCCCAAGUUCCCUUCAUGUACAUGAGAAAAAUGAUGAAUUUGCAUUCAUCAACUCAAGGUUUAGAACUUUAGACAGUUUUUUUGAGUA